AUGUUUUUUAUCUUUUAUACGAUCAUCGGAAGAGAUGCUCUCUUACUUUCGAAUGGAAAUGUCAUUUCGAAAAAUAUGAGAGUUUCGCUAUCUGAUGAUCCAAACAGUUGGUAUUUCAUGCGAAUAAAAGAUAAGAAACAAAUUCCGGAACUCGAGAAAAAGUUAAAUACCGAAAUUAAUACGGCAGAACUAUUAUCACCUAGAUGGAUAGCGAUUCAUCUUAAUGAAAAUCAAGUCAAUACUGUUCAAAAUGAGAAAUUAGGAAAAUUUUUUCCAGUUAGAUCAAUAGACAAAGUAGAUAAAGACUUCAAAUACGAAAAAGGUCUGAAUACAUAUUACGUUUAUGCAACAGAAACAUUCAACGGCACAUCAAAUUCGAAAAUAACGAAAUUAUAUAAAAAUAAUUUUAUAGUUGAAACAUCGAAUGUCAAAGAAUUAGUUAAUUCACCAGAUGUUUUAUUCGUUACAGAGCAACCUGCCAUUCAAUUCAUGAACAGAUGGUCACAUAGUUAUUUACAAACAAGAGACAGAAGAGUUUACUACAACAAAUACGCAGAAGGCCGUAGAAUAGAAGGUCUUGAUGGCAGAAAUACCAUUGUUACACUUAUAGAUACAGGUGUUAACUCAAAUCAUUUAUUUUUCAAAGACAAAAACCGAACAUUUCCUUACAACAAAACAGAUUUAGAACACAGAAAGAUAGUUAGAUACGAUUCCACUAUUGAUUCCGUUGAUUACUUGAACGGACAUGGCACACACAUUGCAGGAAUCAUUGCUGGAUAUGCAGAAGACGAAGACUCAGGUUUAAACCUUUACAGAGGCGGUGCUUACAAAUCGAAAUUGUUUGUUGUUGAUAUAAACAAAGAUUCAAGUGCUAAAGAAGUCCUAAUUCCUCUUAAUUUAAUUUUUUCUGCCGCAAACGAAUCAAAGAAAUUAAAAUCUCAUAUCACUAGUUGCAGUUGGGGAUCUAAAGAUUCUAACAAUGAAUUAACAUGGAUAAUGGAUCAACUCAGUUACGAAAUGGAAGAUAUCCUUUAUGUUUUCGCAGCCGGAAAUGAAGGGAAAUUCAGAAAAGUUGGUUCUCCGGCUGAUUCUAAGAAUGUUCUAACUGUUGGAUCGGCAAAUCCUCAUGCAGCAAUUACAACAGAAUCAGAAAGAUAUACUUUCAUUAAAUUGAAAGAUCAAAACAUUGAGUCUGUUUCUUCAAAUUUGUUUAAUUUCAUGAAAAAAGUGACAAAUUUGAAAUCAUAUGAGAAUAUUUCAAUGACAAAUGAUACUGAUAAUGCUUCAGGAAAAGUAUUUUUAAUGAAAGAGAAAUCAGAUAAAAAGUACACAGCUAAAGGUCGAGGAAAAAUAACACAUGACAGAAAAAUUGAUCCAGAACUUGAUUAUAUUAAAGAUACUGAUUAUAUCAUACGAUAUAUUGAAGAUGCAACAGUUCCAGACAAGAAUGAUGAAUUUUAUGAUCUUGUAACUAAUAUUAAUUCAAAACGAGGCCGCAAAAUGAGAAUAAAGAAAUAUUUGGAUUUAUUAGAAGAAGAAGAUGAAGAAGAAAAAUAUAUUCAACACUCUACAAAAAGUGACGUUCCAAUUCCUAAUGAUGUAUUAGCUGUUGUUACUGAUAAUCCUAAUUAUAAAUCUGAUAAAUAUCCUGUUCUUUUGGUUACUGAUGCUGAUCUUGAAAAAUUAAUAUCGAAUAUGAAUGAAAACAUUUCAUUAAGAUUUGAAUAUGAAGAUAACAAAGGAACUGAAUUGUCUCCAUUCACAACAUUUGGUCCUUCACCUAAAGGAACAAUUAAACCAGAUGUUUAUGGUAUUGGUGAAAGAGUAAUUUCAGCGGGAACAGCAGAUGAAACGUCAUUAAAACAAAUGACUGGAACUUCAAUGGCUGCUCCAACAAUUUCGGCACUUUUGGCUUUAGUUCAACAGUAUUUAAUUGAAGAUGGAUGGGAAGAUCAUUACUCAGCCUUGUAUAGGGCUUUCGCUUUGCAGACUAGUGGAAAAGGUCUUGAAAACGUUCUUCAUAAAGGUUUGAGAUAUUUCACAGAAGAAAUCGGAGAAAAUGAAAAUUUAAAGUUCAAUGUAACUGUUGAAAAACCAGGAAGAUUCGAUUUAGCAGUUGCAUGGAAUGAUCCAGGAAUAAUGCCAAUAUCAAAGAAUGCUCCUUAUUUUUUCGCUGAUUUGGAUGUGAUCCUUGAAACUCCUGCAGGAAAGAAAAUAUAUCCUUAUCAAUUAAAUGAUAGUUUUACAGUUGGAACAAUGGAAAGAAUCGCAUUAAACUUGACAAAUCCAGGAGUAAUAACUAUAAAUAUUAUGACACAUAAGUUCGUGUCAUCAAAGAUUAAAAAGAUCAAAUUCGCGGUUGUUAUAAAUGGUGAAUUCAAUAAAACUGAUUAUGUCAAAAAUCCAAAGAAACCAAUCAUCGAAAAAGUACCAAUUCCUGUUUGUCCAAGUCAUUAUACUUCACCUUUAUGUAACAACAAAAUUAAUGAUCUUAAACUUGAUCAAACUUUUGUUACUAAUAUAACUGAUCAACAUUAUUAUUUCAUGGUAAAUUUGACAGAAAAUGAUGUCACCAAAAAAUAUCUGAAAAUUGAUGUCAAAGUUAAUCUAAGAAUUGUGUUUAGUGAUGUAUAUUAUCACCUUUCUUUUAGCAAGGAACAUUCAUAUAAAAUGAAUCAAAACAAUGAUUACUUCGUUAUCACAAACCAAAGAAACUUUUCUGUAACAGUGAAAGUGAAAGAUUUCAAAGAAAAAGUUGUUUAUUUCUCAUUAUAUGAAGAUAUGUCAUCGGCUGGAAAUGCAACAAUUAAAGUGUCGCAAAUGUCUAUUCCUGGUGAAUUUGACUUUGAUGAUUGGAUUCAUAUUCCUGGUAUAUAUAUUCCAAAGAACUUUUAUGUUUUGAUCUUAGUUUUGUCAGCUACUUUCUUCGUUUUGAUAUUCACAUACGCCAUUUACGAGAAACUUGUGGCAUAUCCUAGAAAUGAGCCAGAAGCAAUCAGAACAAGAAAUAGAAAUGAUAAUAUACAAAUUGAUGUUUGA